AUGGGUGGUGAAGGGAUAGAUCGGGGGAGAGCGAGAGAAGCCGUUGCAGCAGCGACAGGAGCAGCUGAUGCUGCGUCUGGAGUAGCAGCAGCAGCAGCAGCAACAGCAGGGGAUGAGGAUGGAGGCAGUGAGGCAGAGACAUCAGAGAACAGCAACGGCUCGUGGAUACGGCUCAUCCAGCACAACCACCCUCAGCCGCAGCAGCAGCAGCAGCAGCAGCAGCAGCAGCAUGAGAAUAAACCCUUACCCAGUUCCCUGAAUGGCCACGCUGAAGGAGCUUCUGCGUUUGCAUCUUCUAAGCAGGCCCAGCAGGCACAGCACGAGCAGCAGGCACAACAGUUGCAGGGACCCCCUGGUGACAUGGCAGGGCGUGCAGAGGGAAAGGAUCGGAGGCACGUGGACGAACGAGUAUCGGUGCAGGCAUGUGGUGGUGCCGCAGAUACGGCAGAGGCAGCAGAGGCGGCAGAGGCUGGUGGUGGAUGCAGAGAGGAGGGGCGAGGACAGGAGAGGAGGGAGGAGGGGAGGGACGGGAGAGAGGAUGAGGGAAAUGAGGGAGGUGAGGGAAGCAGGCUGCGGGAGAGGGAGCAGGAGGGUGCAUUGGAGGGGGGGCAACGGAGAGGAGAGGGUGGGGCGGGGGUGAGUGGCGUGGCGGAGGGCAGUGGCUUAAGCCGAGCGCGGUCGUGCUCGCCUAUGGGACGCGGGGGAGUGGUGGCGAGGGAGAUGGGCGGGACUGGGGAGAUGGAUGAGCGCAAGAGCCCUGCGCGGGCGAGGGAGGUUGACGAGUGGGUGGCGAGCUGCCUGCAGGCCGCCUUGGACCCUCUCUCCUCUGCUGCUCACCCUGCGGGAACGGCCGAGGGGGUAGUAGCAGCAGCGGCUGCGGCAGCAGCAGCAAGGGAUGGGAGUAGAGCGGGUGCGCGUGCUGCAUUGCACCUACCUGGUGUGCGGGCUGCUGGCAGUGACAUGGACCGAGAUGGGGAUGGUGAUGGGGAUGGGGAUGGGUGUUGCGAUGGAGGCAGCAGCAACGGUGAUGAGGAUUUCAAUGACCCUGAUGAGUUCUUCUCUGUGGCGGGUCCGUGCUCCUUCUCCUCCCUGUUUCCUCCCCCCCUUUCUCCUUUCCUUCCUUGCUCCCUUCACCCCUUGCGCCCUCCCCCCAUUGCUCCCUUUCCCCCUUACUCCCUCUCACCCUUGCUGCCUCUCCCCCUCGCUCCCCCCCCCGCUUGCUCCACUCAGUCCCUCUCUCGCAGCAACUCCAUGCGCUCCUUUUCCCGCUCUCCUCGCUCCUUCCCCAUUCAACGCCCGCUUGCUGAAAAGACCACUGCUGCAGCUGCUGCUGCUGCUGCUGCUGCUAACCCUGCAGUGGCAGCAAGGCAGAGUGACACAGUAAGAAGCACUAAUACAGCUGACUCUAGGGCUUCUGACACCAUUCCUGCUGCUGGCACCGCUGGUUCUUCUGACAGCGUUGCUGCUACUGACACCUCUACUGUUGUUAGUAAUGCGAUUGGCAUGACCAGUGCUGUUGAUACAGCCUCUCAUAUUGACCCACGUGGCACUGCUGCAGUGGUCAAUGCUACCAACAUGACCAAUAUCACUGACACAGCUAACGCCACUGACAGAAUUAAUGUCACUGAUGAUUCGGUGGGUGGUGAGGCUGUGGGUGACGCAGCAGCCGUUGCGUCAAGUGCCCAGCAGCCCUCCCACGAACCACAGACACCGCUGGAUCGCCCCCCUCCUGUCCCCCACUCCCCUCUCCCCAGUCCCUCUCCCGUCCCCCACUCACCUCUCCCCUUCCCCUCCCCCGCCGCCCACUCCCCUCUACCGCGCCCCACCACCCCGCGCUCGCUGCCGUACCGCACGCGCAGCACCGACUUUGGCUCCGCCAAGCAGCGCGUCUCCAACCUGCACCUCCUCUCCUCCUCCCUCCUCUCGCCCUCCCCCGCCGACGCUGCCGCUCCCUCCCCUGCUGCUUCCCUCGGGGGUAGCAGUGCCAGUGGUGGUGCGAUGAGUGGUUAUGGCGCUAGUGGUGGGGGCAGGAGUGGGGGGGAGGGCAGAGGGGGCAGGCCAGGGACGUUGAAGAAAUGGAAAUCUUUGCAGUCUCACUCUGGCACUAUUGCCUCUCUGCUACAAGGUCAUCCCUCCCUGCUUCCCCUUCUCUUGCGCUUCUCCUGCUCUGCUUUUACGCCCUUUCUCUGCUCUAUAUCUACUGCCAUUCUCUUCCUCCACGUCCACAUCACACUCCCCCCGGCUGCCCCUCCCCUUCGCCCCACCACACCAGUGGGCACGGACCCAUGGCUGGCACGGACGCCGAAGCUCUCUCCGCACUACCCCUCCAUGGCGGGCACAGAUGCAGAAGCUCCCUCCACAGUGGACCGUGGUCGGUCCAGUGGCAGCAUGAGGCUCCCUCCUCUUGACGCCCCUGCAGCUGCUGGUGCAGCUGCUGGCAGUGGGGGCAUGGGCAUGGACCGGCCUGGUGCAGCAGGGGCAGGGGGUGGAGGGUCUCUCCUGGAGCGCACGUCGGGUGCGUCUGGCAGCGGUGGCGCGCUGCUGUCUCGCCUCUUCCGCACCUCCUCUGCUCUCAACCCCAGCGAGUCCGUGAAGCGUUUGCUGAUGUGGCCACGGGCGGGCUCGCAGCUGUUUCGCUGCUCCCCCUCCGCCCGCGCUGCCACCAACUGCUGGUCGCCUGCUGACCCCUCCUUGCUGCUCGUGCAAGGUCCCAGCUACGCCAGUGACGGGGCCAAGGUUGCCCCUGCCGCGCCCACUCUCUACGAACCCUGGGCGGCAGACGUCUUUCACACGUCCCCCGUCCUCCCUCCCCGAACCCCCCCUGUCUAUCCAUGCAGCGAUGGGGCUAAGGUCGCCCCUGCUGCCCCCCCUCUCUACGAGCCCUGGGCAGCAGACGUAUUCCACACGUCCAGGAAGAUCCGCCACAUCGCCGCCCACGUGGACCUCCCAGCCGCUCUCGUACCGCCACCUGGCAGCGAGCCGGCAGCGCAGAGCAGCAACGGGCUGCCACCCGUGCUAAUCGUCAAUAUCCAGCGUAUGCUCCCAGAACCUGUGGUUCCUUUCUCCUUCUUACUGGCUUCUCGUCCGUCCGUCCAGCCCCUCUGUCCCCUCCUCUGCCACCCCCCUCUGUCCCCCCCUCUGCCACCCCCCUCUGCCUCCCCUGCCCACCCUCCAGCUGCCCCUGCAGCCACCGCCGCCGCUGCUGUCGCUGCAGCAGCGGGCGUGGGAUGGGCCGGGCCUGAGUGUGGUGCUGUACUGCCGCCUGGGGGCGCACUGGCGCAGCCAGGCAAGCGCUCCUGCACAGAUGGGGGUACGUGGACCUGUGGUUAUGGGGGUGUGCGGCUAUGGGGUUCGUGUGUGCGACGGGCCGGGCUGGGCCUGAGUGUGGUGCUGUACUGCCGCGUGGGGGCGCACUGGCGCAGCCAGGCAGAGGCUCCCGUGCACAUGCGGGUGAGCGUGGUAGGGGUGGGCAGCAUGGGGGCAUGGACACAUGUGGGACGGGCCGGGCCUGAGUGUGGUGCUGUACUGCCGCCUGGGUGCGCAUUGGCGCUCCCAGGCAAGCGCUCCCGCACAGAUGGUGCCUCCGUGCCCACUCCCCUUCUCCUCACCAUCUCUCAUCUCCUGCUGCCCGUCCGUUCCCCCCUGUGCUGCUGCCCGUCCGUUACCCCCCGUGCUGCUGCCCGUCCAUUCACCCCUGUGCUGCCUGCAUAUCUGCAGCCGCUGUUGCAUACGUGGGGUCCAAGGCACGCCCAGCGGGCGCAAGGAGGAGCGGCAGUGGAGGGGAAGGGCGAAGAGGGAGGGAACAGGGCGGAGAAGGGUUCCCCUCACGUCCCUCGUGCAGCGACUGAGGAGCCGGUGAAGCGCACAGAGCAGCCGCACGGGGCAGCAGGCAGGGCAGCCGAGGGUGGGGAGGCAGCAGGGGAAGGGGCAGCAGGGCGAGAGGCGGAGCGUUCAGUCCCACAUGUUGAAGGCAAUAGCAGCAGCAGCAAGACGCGGCGCAGCAACAGUGGCAGGCGCAGGGGCAGCUGGUCCAGCUACUCAUCUGCUGAUGAUACUACUGUGGGAGGGGAGGUGGCUGUGCAGGGGCACCGGGGAAAGGAGCAUGGGGGAAAGGAGCAUGUUAGGAGGGAGCACGGGGGGAAGUCGGAACGGUGGUCAAGGUCCGGGGGAGAAGAUGGGGAAAGGGAGGGCGGGGUGGAGAAGGUGGUUUGGGACCGGCCGAAGCUGAUGGUGAGGCUGGUGAAUGAAGGGGAGGUGGCGCUGAGUGCGGCAGCUAAGAAGCUGGUGGAGGGGUGCUCUGGCAAGGCUGUGCUCACUCGCCCUUACCACACCGUUCUUCAGUCGUCCGCCCAGUCCAACAUGCAGCCAGACAUAGAUGCGCACGCCUUCCUGCCCCUCCUUAUCACAUGCUUCCUUACCAUUCCUCUCCCCACCCCCCCUUCUCUCCCUCCAUGCUCUCCCCCCUCCCUCCCAUCAUCCGCCCAGCCCUACAUGGAGCUGGACAUAGACGCGCACGCCUUCCCCCCCGCGCACCAGAGGGCGCUGCUCUCCCUGCGCCCCCACCUGCCCGACGCCAUCCUCGACCUUGCGCUCGUGCUGCAGGCGAGUCUUCUCUUCUCACCGUUUGUCGAGGCGCAGGCGCAGCAAGUGGGGGAGCGGGUGGGCGGCGCGAAGGCGCCACGUGGCGAGAACGUGGCGGGCGACUUUUACGUGGACCACACGUGCAUCAACUGCGACGUGUGCCGGUGGAUGGCGCCCGAAGUGUUCGCCAAGGUCGGAUCGCAGUCCGCCGUGUUCGCACAGCCCGGCGACGAGGCCACUGCAUUGAAGGCGCUGCAGGCGCUGCUAUCGUGCCCGACGGCCUCCAUCCACUCGCGCGACUCGCUAUCGCUCGUGCCGCGGGCGCGCGACGCGUUCCCGCUGCCCAUCGAUGCCUCCGCGCUGCCCGGCGUGUUCCACUGCGGUUACCACUCGCGCAAGUCCUUCGGCGCCGCCUCCUACUUCAUCCAGCGCGCGGCGGGCAACGUGAUGGUGGACUGCCCGCGCUACUCGGAGCACCUGGCGGAGACACUCGCGCGCAUGGGCGGCGUGCGCUACAUCGUGCUCACGCACCGCGACGACGUGGCGGACCACGCGCGGUGGGCGGCGCGGUUCAAGGCGGAGCGUGUCCUCCACGCGCUCGAGGUGCAGCCCGACACGACCGACGUGGAGAUGCUUCUCGACGGCACGGGGCCCUGGUGCCUGGGGUCGGACUUGAAAAUUAUCUUUACUCCUGGUCACACCGAGGGCUCCGUGAGUGUGCUGUAUAAGGCGCACGGAGGGGCGCUCUUUUCAGGGGACCAUCUGGCGUACGCUCCAAAUACGGAAAGCCUUACCAUAUUUAGACGGGUCAACUGGUACUCGGUGCCGGUGCAGGUUCAGAGCGCCAAGAAGCUGGUGGGGCUGCCAUUCCGCUGGGUGCUGCCAGGCCACGGGCGGCGGUUCCACUUCGCCAGCGAGGAGCAGAGGGAUGAGAUGCUCCAGCAGGUGGUGGCGGGGGAGGAGGCGCUGCUGCUGCGGGGCCAGUAA